AGUUUCCUUUCAUGUUGACAAUCUGAUUUCAUGAUAAAUUAACUGUGACCGCUCUUUAACUCCGCCCAGUCAUUACGCCGUCAACGCCUGUCUCGCCCCCCUGUGCUCCCUUCACCUGGUCGCUGUGACAACAGUGGAGGGCAUUGGCAGCGUGGCCCAAAAACUACAUCCUGUCCAGGAGCGAAUAGCGAGAGCUCAUGGUUCUCAGUGCGGGUUCUGUACCCCGGGAAUCGUCAUGUCCAUGUACGCUCUGCUGAGAAACAACCCCACGCCCAGAAUGACCGAGCUGGAGGAGGCCUUCCAAGGGAAUCUGUGUCGAUGCACCGGGUACAGACCCAUCCUAGAGGGAUACAAGACCUUGACUGUGGAGGGCGGGUGCUGUGGCGGCCGAGGGCGGGAAAACGGCUGCUGCAUGAGCAAUGGGAACGGAGCAGAGAGAAGCUCAGAGGAGGACGUGGAUGAAGCCACGCCUCUUUUUAAUACGUCAGACUUCGCACCGUUGGAUCCAACACAGGAAGUGAUCUUCCCUCCUGAGCUGAUGUCUCUCACCAAAGGUCAGAAGUCACGCUCGCUGUGUUUCCGUGGUAACCGGGUGACAUGGCUGCAGCCCGACAGUCUCGAAGAGUUUCUGCUUCUGAAGUGGAAAAAUCCAGAAGCCAGAGUCGUGACAGGAAACACUGAA